GAAACAGGAGGAGGGCAAACAGGACCAUGGCAGAGAGAACAUCUCAAGAUCUGUCUGAAGCCCUGAAGGAAACCACCAAAGAGGUGCACGAACAGGCAGAGAACACACAGUUUAUGAAGAGUUUCCAGAGAGGGAAGGUUUCUCUUCGGGAGUUUAAGCUGUAUUUAGCAUCACUGUACUACAUCUAUUCGGCUCUGGAGGAAGAAAGUGAAAGGAAUAAGGACAAUCCAGUCUACGCCCCUGUUUAUUUCCCAGCUGAGCUGAAUCGCAGUGCUGCUUUGGAAAAAGACUUAGAGUAUUUCUAUGGCCCCGCAUGGAGACGGGAGAUCCAGUGUCACGAGGCAACUCAGAAGUAUGUAGACAGACUCCAUCACGUAGGCCAGCAUGAACCCGAGCUCCUGGUGGCUCAUGCUUACACCCGCUAUCUGGGAGAUCUCUCUGGGGGCCAGAUUCUGAAGAAGAUUGCACAGAAGUCUCUUAAUCUGCCCAAAACUGGAGAAGGCCUCUCUUUCUUCAACUUCCCCGGAGUCACCAACAUCAGCAAGUUCAAGCAACUCUAUCGAGCUCGGAUGAACACCAUCCCCAUGGACGUAUUGACUGAGAAGAGAAUCCUUGAAGAGGCCGAGAAAUCUUUCCUGCUGAAUAUAGAAGUGUUUGAGGAAUUGCAGAGGCUUUUGAAUCAAGGACAGCCAUCAGCAAAUGGCAACGCUGUACAACCAAACCUGGAGCUCCACGCAAGAGGAAUCAACAGACCACACGGUCCAGUUGCCACAGUGGAAAAUGACCGGACGGAGAUGCGGCAUAAUGACAUGCUACCCAGCACACCACUCCUGCGCUGGGUCCUUGCGCUUUGCUUCUUAGCAACCACAGUGGCCGUGGGCUUGUAUGCUUUCUGAACAAAAAGGACCUUAUGUGUUUUUCACACAGCACCUGCCUUUUCCAAAACUAACUGAUCUUUCCCUUGUGGAGGAAAGGCCUGCUUAGAUUCCUCGGCCUAGGGUGGUCUGAGCAUGACUACUCCCCUAUUACUAACAAUAUAGAC